GUGCAUUUUUAUCAAUGAAAACUGUACGGGAGACGUAAAUUAACUAUCUAGCCGACGAAACAGGACAGUGACAAUGUUGCAACCGAAGAACAUUUGCCGCUGCUGCCUGUUCGAAGGUUGCUACAAGGAUAUUUCUACGGAAUACUUCUGGUCAGGAAAGAAGGAAGUCUAUGCCGAUAUGCUGUUGGAGACCUUCAACAUCACUAUAUCCCCCCUCGAAGGCUGUGGCCCGAGCAGCGGCAGCCGGCUGAUCUGCGACGGCUGCAUCGCCCGCGUGCGCGACGCAGCCGCCUUCAAGCAGCAGGUGCUGCGGGCGGAGCAGAAUGUUGGGAGGCACCUCGCGCAGCUGCAGAGCAGUGAGAAGGUUUAUGAAACACUCAUAGACCUCAAACAGGAGAAGCUCCACUACGAGAGUUUGGACGAAGACGAUCUGGACAUAGGCCCCGCAUACGAGGACUCCUACACCCACAACGAACGCUGCAGCGAUGGAUUGAAUGUUAGUGACUUGGACCUCAAGGAUGAGAUAGACAGUGACGCUAUGGACAACUAUAAUAAGGAAGAAGGUGGCUGGAUUAGGAAGGUGGUGGACAGAAACCUCUUCUUGGGAACAGGCUUAUGUCCUACAAUGGACAUUAGUGACUAG